AUGUAUACUAUUUAUACGUCAUAAAAUGGUUCAAUAGCUCUAAAUAACUGCUUGACUUUGCAGUAUGACACUCUAUUGAGAAUCAUUCUGUGCUCAAGAAACAUCUUCUCAUUCACUCCAGUACUCAUCACAAAUAUUUAAUAUGCGACUCGUUCUCCUUCAAAAAAAGGUUCUCCGAAGAAACCAUAGAAAGGUUAUAAGAAAAUUCUUAGAGGAGAAGAAGAAGGUUAAUUACCUAUGCCCUAUUAUUCAAUUUAUGAGUCACAUAGAUGGAAUAUAUCAAAUGAUGGAGACUAUGUUUUUGAGAUCAAAUGUAAAUAAUUAGGUCCAUGUUUUUUGAGAAUAAUUUGGUUAGCAUUUGAUGAUAGAAAGAUUCAUGAAAUGGGAUAAGCUUUCAACUUUUUAGUAUGGAAUCCUAUGAUGUUUAAUCUCAAGGAUUUAACAAUUUAGACAGUCUUGCCAAAUUUAGUAAAACAGUGGGAUUUAAAUGGAUUUUAAGCAUUUCAUCUAUGUCCUAUUUAGGAAGUAUCUCAUAGUUUAUAUGCAAUUAAAGAUCAUUUGAGUAUAAAAUACUUUCAAGAUUUUGAGGAUCUACAUAAUUUUAUCUAAUCAUCUAAAAAGAUCUUUUUCAUAGAUGUUGUAUUGAAUCAUACAUCUAAAGAGAGUGAAUGGUUAAAUGAGGAAGAAUGUGUAUAUAAUGAAAGAACUGUUCCUCAAUUGACAUCUGCUCUAGAAUUAGAUUUUGCUUUACGACAAGUGAAAGAAUAUGAGGAUAUUGAAAAAGUAAUAAAGUCAUUGAAAAUUGAAGAAUACUUUUAGAUCGACAUGUAGAAAAUCGAUUGGACGGAUUGUUAAUUAGAAAAUAGUAUUACAAAUAGUGAUGAGGAUGAUGAAGAUGAUAAUAUAUUUUUAGAAUCUAAUUCUGAGAAAAAUAUAAAAUUAAUGGAAUAAUAUUUGAAAAAUUUUGGAGUCUCUAGAUAUGGAGUCACUUUUGAGCUAAAAAGAUUAUUGCAAGAAUUAGGGAAUCAUCAAUUGACUAUUAGUCAAAUAAAGAAGGCUUUAAAAUGUAUUAAUGAAAAAUAAUUCAAAAGGGCUAAAUAAUAUGAAGCAGAAUCUAUAGCAAAUAAUUAAACACAUUAUAAAAAGUAUGGUUGUGUUCAAAAGUAUUUCUACAAAUUGAAGAAUUGGUAUGCUGCUUAUAAUGGCUAUGUUGAUAAUAUAGAUCCUGAAGAAGAUUUUGUCACGAGCCAAAAUUUCCAUUAUUUAAGACAUACAAUCAAUAAAUGGAAUGUUAUUAAAUUAAGAUAUGGUAGUAAGAGAGAUACACCUUUAUUAUUGAAUAGAAUGAAAGAAUAUAUUUGUUAAAUGGCUCGUUAUUUUCAUGGUAUUAGAUUAGAUAAUUGUCAUGGUACACCUUUAGCAGUUAGUUAAUACUUACUUAAACAUGCUAGAAUAGAGAAUCCUAAAUUAAUGGUUUUUGCUGAAUUAUUUGGUUGUUCAUAUUAAUAGUAAAUUAAGUAUAUGAGUAAAUUAGGAUUAAAUGGAUAAGUUGAUGAAUUAUUUUAUUGUAGAAAUGCACCAUCCAUUGUCCAUAAAUUAUAAAAUUGUUCUUUCAUCUAAUAGAUUUAAGCUCCUUAAAAACUUAUUUAUGAUUAAACUCAUGAUAAUCAACCUCCUAUUGUCUAAUCACAAGGUCCAGGUUAUUUAAUGUCUUUAGUGACUGCUUUAUCUUUUAGUAAUUAAUUUAAAGGAACUACUAAAUUAGUUGAUGAAUUUUAUGAUUAACACAUAAGUUGUGUUUAUGAAAAAAAAUUUUACCCAUAAAGUAAUUUAAAACUUUUAGAUUUACAUUAAAGACUUAUAACUUUUAUGUGGAAACAUAAUACUCCGAUUAAAUGUGAUUCAAAUCAUGAUGUAGCAUCGCCUAGUGUUGUUAAAUUAAAAGGUUCAUUUGAUAAUUGGGAAAAAGAAUAUUUUCUCACAAAUGACAAAUAAAAUCCAAAAUAUUACACUUGUUAGAUAGAAUUAGCUCCAGGAGUUUAUGAAUAUAAAUACAUCAUAGAUGAUAUUUGGAUGAUUGAUGAAAAUUAAUAACAUAAUUAAAUGAAUAACAUAAUAGAAAUUCGACCUAUUCAAGCAUAUAAAUCAUUAACUUUCAUUCGUUAGCUUGUUUAAGAUUAAAGCCAAUAUACUUAUAUGGAAUCUAUUCAUGAAUAGAUUCUUAUUAUAACUAGAUGUUAAGAGGAUCAUCUAAAUAAUUAAAUCAUCGUAAUUUGCUUAAGACCCAUCAUACGAAAGAUUAAACUAUAUUCUAAAAUAAUAAACAUUUAAUAUCACUAUUCAUUACAAUUUUGUGGAAAAGAAACCGAUAAUUAAGAAAAUGAAAUCAAAGUUAAAGAACAUUUCAUAGAUAUCACUACUUAAUAUGCUACUAUCAAUGAUAAUAUUCUAUCUAUUAACACUCCAACUUCUUAUGUUAUUAUUUUGUAAUGUGAACCUUUGGAAAUAAUCUAAGAAUUGAAUCAAUUCCUUCUUAUUCCUUUUCAAUGUAAUGAUGAUUUGAAUCUUCUAUAUUAGCCACUGAUAAAUCAUUAUGAAGUACCAGGAUGUGGGUAACUCUAAUAUACUGGAUUAUAUGGACUAAUGAGAUUUAUUAAUAAAAUUGAAACCUUAAAGGAUCCUUUCAUCAAGCAUAUCAAAGAGGGUGAUUGGCUUAUUGAAUAUUUAUUAGAACAUCAUACUUGUUUGGUACCAAUUUUAACAAAAAUUAAAUUAUUACCUACUAUAUAUAAAUCACAUUAUUUUAUUAAAUGCAUUAAACAUAUUGUUUAAAGUAUUGAAGAUAAAUAUACUCAACAUAGAGAGUGCUUUUUCAAAUAAAUUGAUAUCCUUUCUACUUAUUUUACUCUCCAUGAUUUUAAUAAAGGCAGAGAAACAUUUAUGAGUUUUAAGGGUAUCUUAAUUUUAACAAGUAUAAUAAUAUAUAUAUUUAUUAUUUAGAUAAGGCUAUUGAAGGCAAAGCUUUAAUUUUUAAAUAUGGUAAUUUAUUGUAACAUGGUUUAAUACCUAAUUCAUUGAAACCACUUAGAUAUAAUACUAGAGAUACUUGCUUUUGGUGGAUUAAAGCGAUUCGAGAUUAUGUAACAUAUACAGAGGAUUUCUCUAUCAUAAAUUAAUUAUAAGAAUAAAUUUAAUCCAUAUUUUAAUCUCAUGCUAAUGGUAUCAAAUUUAAAGAAAUAUAUGUGAAUGAUGAAACAGAAAAAGAAGUAUUAAUUUAUCUUAAAAUUUAGGGUUUGGUAGUAGAGCUUAAUCUAGAUUCAGAAACUGGAUUUAUUAUGGGGGGAAACUAUAAAAAUUGUUUAACCUGGAUGGAUAAAAUGGGAUCAGGUAAUUUAAAUAGAGGUUAUCCUGCUGCAUCGAGGGAUGGAGCUCCUAUUGAAUGUACAGCCUUAUUAAAAGCUUGUCUUGAUUUCAUUGGAAAAAUGCAUUAAUUGAAUAAAUAUACUUAUCCAGGAAUUAAAUUGAUGAAUAGAAUGGUUACUUGGAGAGCAUGGUCUGAUUUCAUUUGUCAACAUUUUGAAAAAAGCUAUUACAUUCCACUUGAUCCUGCAUAUUAUAAUGAGUAUUAGAUAGUAGAAAAAUAUGUAAGAAGAAAAGGAAUCUAUAAAGAUAUUUUUAAAUGUUCUAAACCUCGAUCUGAAUAUUAAUUAAGACCAAAUUCAUGUAUUGCUAUUGCCUUAGCUCCAGAACUCUUUUAAAAAAAUCAUGUUAUACAUCAUUUAGCAUUAAUUGAAUCUAAUCUAAUGAAUUUAAAUUCACUUGGUUUAAGUACUCUAGAUUCUAUUGCCAGUGAAUAUAGUGGAAAGUAUGUUUAAUUGACAGACCGUUUCAAUGCAUAAAAUGGAUUUUCUAUUCAUAAUGGAUCUGAAUUUGUUUUCUUACUUGGAUAUUAUCUAAAAGCUUUACUCAAAAUUCAUAAACAAGAUAUUAAAAAAGAAAUAUUUUAUGCUUAUCUUGCUCCUAUUAAACAACACUUAAAAGAAUUGUAACUAUUAUUUUUUUAUUUUUUAGUUAUUCUUUGCCUGAUUUCACUGAUUAUAAUGGACAACUAAGUGAAUUUGCUCAAAAAUCUUCUAUACUAAGCAUUGCCCUUUUAAAAGAAGCCAUUUUUGAUUUAGAAGAAUUUAGUUAAAAAAAUUUUAAAUGA